AUGGCAUCCGAGGACGCUGGCGACGGCACUGCUGCCACCUCGCCUGGAAUGGCGGUGGGCAGCCAGCUGGCUGGAGGCAUGUCGAUGGCAAGCCUGAUGGCUGGGCUGCUUACAAGCGCGCUGUACACCUCAGCCACCUACCCUGUACACAGGGUCAAGGUGUUGCUGCAAACUCAGGAUGCCAACCCCGCCAUUCUCUCGGGCAAGGUCAAGCGCUACGCGUUUGCGCAGUCUUUCAGCCGACUCCUGAAGGAACAGGGCCCGGCCGGCCUGUGGCGGGGCAACACGCCGUACCUGCUGCGCCACGUGCCCAGUGUCGCCCUCAGCUUCACCUUCAAGGACGCGCUGCGCGAUGCGCUGCUGCCGAGUACGGUGGGCGGGCUGUUGUUUGAAGGCUAG